AUGUCGUUGAGAGUAAUGGAUCCACGUGGAGAGACAGAUCUCGAGUACAUUGAAGUCACCGUUGAUGAGAUGGAUUUGUCAACGAGCUGUUUGCCUACAAGUUCCCUUCUCUCUGAAUGUGUCAUUUGUUCUCAGCCAUCACACGGCAUUCAUUUUGGAGUGACAACGUGUCGUGCUUGUGCGGCUUUCUUUCGCAGAACCGUUGUGCUGAACAAGAAAUAUUCAUGUAAGCAAUCGGAUGGGAAAUGUGAUUUAGGACCGGAGGUCCGAAGUCUUUGUCGGCAUUGUCGAUACGAGAAAUGUCUUCAAGUCGGAAUGACACCCGAUAAUGUCCAAUGGAAUCGCGAUCGUUUGUGCAACGCCAUGAAAUUGGAGGAUUUCGAGAAAAUGGAGAAAGACGAACAAAAAGGGUUGAAUGGAAAAGAGCAGACGAUGGAAAUGGCGAGUAAAUCGUCGCCGGAAAUGCCGAUAGAAGAAAUAAGAAGCAAUCAACAAGGGACAACAGUGAUUAAGAUUAAGCCACCCCCACCGCCACACAUCGCGCAAUUGAUCUCCGAUUUGGGAAAUGUCACGAAGAGAGUUGAGAGGAUUUUCAUGCAGUCAACCCCAAUGGAGAUCGUCUCAGCUUUCCCCCUAACCGCUCUUCAAAGAAUGGCUGUCGCCACCGAAAGACUUCGCGGUUUUCUUCCAUCAAAUCCACCGAUGUUACCUAAAUUGAGCUUCGAACUUCUCUUGUCACAUCUCAUUAAAAAUAGAGAAAAUGGAGCAAAAUGGAUGAUGCAUUGCGAGGAAUUUGCACGACUUCCAUUAGAAGAAAAGUUGUUAAUCUAUCAAAAGGUUUGCGGAAAUUUGGCACGUUUGGAGAAAGUGGCGGUGGCGUUGGCGGUGGUCGGAGAAGAAGCGCUCAAGAAAAAGUUAUUUUUGAUGGAAGGCCAUAUCAUGAGUCCAUUGACUGAAUUCGAUGUUUGCGGGAUGAGCAAUUACAGCGAUGAAGAAAUCAGAAGAUUCAUGUGGCCAUCAAUGGAGAAUCUUUUCGAGGAUCUCGGUCGUCCUCUUCACGCACUUUCACCAGCUCCCCUUGAAUAUAUCUAUCUUUUGUGUACAACAAUGUGGAAUGUUGAUGGUCGUGGCGUCUCUCCAGAAACAAUCCGUGUAGCCGAUACCUAUCGUGAGCGAAUCUCUGCUGAACUUCAUGAUUAUUACAUUCACUCAAAAGGACAAGAGAAUUAUGCGCAUCGUUUGAUUCAACUACAUCGAAUUCGAAAUAACAAUGAGCGUCACGAACUCGAGCGCAGUGAGCUCUUUUUGAUGUUUCGCCUCUUCGACGUUUUUCAUUUUGAUUUCCCUUGUGGUGGUGAUCCGAAAAGACAU